ACCAGAAUGGCCGACGAGGAGGAUCCGUGCGGCGGUGGGAAGAAAAACCCUCGGAAACGAUGCCAACCAGAUGUGGAUCCAGAAGAGGAUAGUGAACCAGAUUUGGACGGGCCACAGCCACCGUUUCGAGGACGCAGCAGCACUGUCACCGACGCCGUUCGACAAACGGCCAUGGAAUUUCGAAAGCGUGCACGAAGUGACGAAUUCCGUCCGGCUCAGCAACCUGAACAGAGUGUCGUUGCCGUGAAGCCACCGACGACGUCGGCGCCAGUUACACCAUUUCCUGCUAACCUUCCAGUCAGCGAGCAACUCGAAGACUUGAGUCUCCUGCCCGGUGUACGUAGAGUACGGCCACUUCCAAGAAGCAGAUAUCCGGUUGCAAAUGAUCCAUUUGAUAAAUUCAGCGCGUAUUCCGGUCCUGGCUCGAGUCAGCAAGCGGUUCCACGGACUAUCAGCAAAAUCAGUGAAGAAUCUGGAAGUGGAAGUGGAAGUGGAAGUGGAAAUGAUAGUAGUGGAAGUAGUGGACCCACGAGGAUGAGCGGUCAAGUUCCAUCAACGUCCGGCCCACCACCACCACGACCACCGCCUGCUGGUCAUCAAAAUCCAUUUCUGGGCAAUCAACCGUCCACCUCAAACACGUCGGAGCCAAGCACAUCCACGCAAGGCGUCUCCCCGUCUCGUACAUCAAAAAUUUCGAAAAAGAAGGCUCAUCAGGCUGGGCUUCACUCGAAGGGCAGCUCUGAGGACUCUACCGACUCGGGAGAAUCGAAACCAUCGAGCAAGCAGCCACCGAAGAAGAGUCCAAAGUCCAACAAAAAUGAUCCAAACGCUCCUGGACCUUCGCGUAGACGUGAUGACGACGACGAUGGGGUGCAAGGUGGAAGCUCUGAAGGCUCAUCUGAAUCUCUUUAAUUCUUGUAUUUCUAACAUUACAUUCUUCUGUGCUAUUCAACUUAUUAUUGUUUAUUUUAUUUUCUCUCAUUCCUCACCGACUAAAUGACAUUCGUGUAUAUAUAAACACUUCUGUGUGAUUUUUUUUUCGUCGCUUGAUUUCGCUGAUUAAAGAAUUUAUUAAU